UUGAAAAUCUGCAACAAAAUACUUAAAAUUUGUUAAACAUGAAGACUCAAUAUUUGUAUCAAGUGGUCAUUUUAUUGGUUUUAUUCACAUUAUAUAUAAAACAAGUUCAAACAAUAGCAACUAAUGAACGCAUUAUUUCAGGAUCACAGGCCGCAGUAAAUCAAUUUCCUUGGCAUGUGCUUUUAAAGAGAGAUGAAUUUGAUGUUUUGCUGUGUGGUGGUUCUCUAAUUUCCAAUAGCUGGGUUUUAAGCGCUGCUCAUUGUUUUAACAACAUCACCUCAGUUUUUUUGGUAUUUGGCACCAUAGACCUAUACAAUGAUGAUAUUAAUAUGACCUCUACAGCAAUCUUUAAACAUCCUCACUUUGAUGCAGAAACCUUUCACCAUGAUAUUUCACUUAUUCAGCUACCACAAGCAUUAAACUUUUCCAACAGCAUACAAGCCAUUGAAUUGAUAACUUGUGCCCAGGCAGAGCAUGAUUUUAUAGGAACUCCAGCCAUUAUUACAGGAUUUGGUCAGCUAGACGAUGAAGAUGACGGACUUCCUGAUAUCUUACAAUGGGCUCCAGUGGAAAUUGUUAAUACUUCUAGUUGUGCAGAAGUUUUUGGUGACGAUUUGGCCAUGGAUACACAUAUUUGUACGAGCGGUUAUACCUCAAUUUGCGAUGGUGAUUCGGGAGGUGCUUUGGUUUGGCUAAACGAUUACGAUAGUUUUGUACAAAUUGGCAUUAAUUCUUUUGUGGCUGUAAACAGGUGUGAGCAAAAUUUUCCAGCCGUCUAUGUUAGAUUAUAUUACUAUAUGGGGUUUAUUCAAAAUAUUACUGGCAUAAAUUUUGAGGAACCAACGGAAAUUUUUUAA